AUGGAUCCUUUUCACGACAAGGCAGGCAAUGAGCGGAGGGCUUCCCUCAGGAUGUCAGCGAGGGCCUCUUUGACCACCGACACUGUCGACGAUGACGACUACGACUUAGCAGCCAUGGGCAUCUCGGACGGCUUUCGCCCAACAAACGUCUCCGCCUCCCAUCAACCCAUCAACUCGACCACAAACCAUUCGACUGGCUCGGCGGUUGUGUCACGAGAUUCUCCCGUGCCUCAGCGCGUCACACCUCCUCGGCCUUCCAGCAUAUCAAAACCCCCUCGCUCUCACGAUCCGCUAGCACUUCGUCACGAUGGCUCAACGUCUCAAUCUCAAUCAAACGGCGCUCCAAUGUCCCGCGUCUCCAGUGCCUCGACCGAUUCGCCAAUCAUCAGAUCUGAGAGUCCCUACGAGGGACCUUCUGGACCAUCCUUCCCGUACCAAAUGUACCCGCAACGGACAAAUAGCGUCGCGACAUCAAACACUGCUCGCAUGUCUGAAAGAUCAUACGCCGGGCCUCGUGGACCAACACACCCAUACACCCUUUACACGCAAAAUACCGUGACUCCUGACACGAACGAAGGCGAUAACAUCCCAGUGGGAUUUGCUGGCCGCUCUGAUGGAUAUCACCGUCGGAUUGGGCCAGACGGCGAGGAAGCUGCUGACCUUAUCGGACCUUUGGGCCACACCGAAGAGCUUCCACCCUACACUCGAUAUCCCGAGCAAGCCUACACAAGGAAACAACCUGGUGAACAACAAUCAUCGACACCUACAGUGCAAUCCCAACAAUCACCACAGCGGGAGCCAGAGCAGCAACAAUCAUCACCGGCACAACAACCUGCCGUUACGGUCAUGACCGCUACGGUUCCUGCCAUUCCUGCUGGUGCUGGCGGCAUCGGACUCGCGACGCGCAAUCCUGAGUUUGAGUCACGGGAGGACUUGCGUCUUGCAUCGCCAUCUCGAACGUCUUCUCGGACGUUGAAUGAUGAAACUGCUAGCCAACAUGAGAUCAACACUGCCGCCGAAUCCUACGCUGAGAAGGGCGAAAACGCAACCGACCACAAGUGGCAGAAGAGGGCAAAGAAGAGAUUGUUCGGUGUCGUUCCUUACUGGGCUAUCUGCUUGUUGGCAGUUGGACUGGUGAUGAUGGGAAUCAUUCUCGGUGCUGUCAUCGGAACGUUCUUCGCCAAGCACAAAAAGCCACCCGGAAAGCACCAAGACGAUGAGCCGAUUCCAGUGGUUAUCCCGACUGCCACGGUUGACGUGAAGCCGCUAGCCACCCUCCCACCGGAUCUUCCACCCAUGGAGAUUGGUACCUUCGGUCUGCCGCCUCUCAUUGCCAGUCAGGCACCAAGUACUUGUUUCAACGACACGACGCAAGCUCAAGCCUGGACUUGCAACAUCCCCUUUACCAGCUACGUCAUGGGCGUUUCCAGAAUCGCCAAUGAACUACCUAUUUCCGAUUACACCUUAAAACUUACUACAUUCAAUGAUAGCGAUCACGACGACAACUCUAGGAUCAACAUGUUCUCGUGGGGUACUCAACCACCACUGAUCAUGGACCCUCUGAAGAUGCGGCUUGUCAACGACACUUCUGAACAGGGACGCGGCGCCGCAUGGUUUGCCCAGAUGACUUACAACAAGACUGUGGUCGUACCUGAGGAUAGGUUUCCCGGCGUCACCACAACCCCCAGGAAGCAGCAGCCACAAUCCAAAAGGGGCGGAUCAUGGGAUGGCCCGCCGCCUGGCAUGGGGGAGUUCAGUAGGAAAGGGGUCAAGGGAGCACAGGCCGGCGAUCGGCCUUGGAUCUGCACCUGGCCCGGAACCCUCCUCGAAGUAUUCGUCUACCCUGCCCAAAACAACAGCUAUCAAAGAAAGCCUUCUACUACGACGUCCAGGCCUCCGGCGGCUGCAACGUUCCCUCCUUCAACAUCAACGCAGUUCUUGGUCCGUGGACUGCAAACCCAGUCUCCCCAGUCCAGUCCGAUUCCGACUGACAGACCACGCCGUGCCCCUCCACCACCAUAUCCUCAGGUCAUCAAAUUUGAAGAGCGACGUGUUUCGCUUGACCAAACGAAGAAUGCUUACUGCCGACAAGUUGAGGUCUGCGAUGAUGGCCAAAACACCGUGCCCGUGUUAGACGAUCAGGGUCAGCCGAUUGAGGUCAUGAUCAUGGAAAACCGGCAAACGGUGGCAAUUGCAGACUCGAGCAAACGUUGGAUACACGAAGACAGCCUUUUGGUAUCUCCUCGAGACCGGCCAUCAAGGACUAGUCAACUUAGCGACUGUGGAUGCAUAUGGUGGUUCACAUGA